AUGUCCACUGUUCUCAUUUCUGGAGCCUCCGGCUACUUGGCCCUUCACAUUGUCUCUCAGCUCUUAAAAAACGGAUACACCGUUAUAGGAACGGUUAAAUCUAGUGCUAAGGCUACUAUACUGACUGGGUUGUUCUCUGAACCACGUCUCAGUUUUGAGAUAGUCCCUGAUGUCGGUACUCCAGGCGCAUUCGACGAGGUUUUCCAGAACCACCCAGACAUUGAGUUUGUCAUCCACGCUGCUGCCGUUCUUCCAAGCGGGAUUGAUAAAGAUGACUAUUACCACGCUUUUUUUGAGACAUCUGUAAAGAGUACCACGAACAUCCCCGAAAGCAUUCGUGACUUUGCACCAAAUGUCAAACAUGUCGUUCACACGUCUUCGAAUGCCGCCCUGCAAAACUUCAAGUACCCAUCAGACCCAUCAGCUGUCGUUUCAGAAGAAACUUGGAACGAAACAUCAUGGGAAGAUGUAAAGGACUUCGAACCUAUGGCUUACUCAUACUCCAAGGCAGAGGCUGAAAGGUCUGCAAGAAGCUUUGUCAAGUAG